AUGCUCAAACUCGUCGCCCUCGUCUGCCUCGUUGCAUUUGUCUUCGCCCAGGGACAAGGAGUUCCACCAUUUUUGCAAAAUGCCCCUCCAGCCACACAACAGUCAUUCCAAGCCUUGAUGGCCAAUGCAGGAAGUCUAACCGAUGCCCAGAUUGACCAGAAAGUUCAGGACUGGGUUAACCAGCAAGACCCGACCGCUUUCGAUGCAUUCGUGCAACAAGUAAAGCAAGCCCAGGCUCAAAGCGAGGCGGCCCACCAAGCGGCAAUUGCCAACUUCAGCCCGGCGGCGAAGGAGGCUGAUGCCAAACUCUCAGCAAUUGCUGCCGAUCCUAACAAGACCAACCAACAGAAAGCCCAGGAAAUCCAAGCUACCCUUGCAUCACUGUCACCAGAAGUUCGUAACGAAAUUGAGACUGCUAUGAAAGGGGGCAAAUAG